AGUUGUUCCGCGCUGGGCGGGCGGGCCGCGGGGCGAGCGGGCGGCGGGCCGGCGGGCGGACCGGGCCGGGGCUGGAGAAGUUUGCGCUGCGGCUGGGGAGCGAGGGUGCGGGCCCCGCCGGCCGUGCGCGCCCGCUGCCAUGGCUUUCCGCAGGAGGACGAAAAGUUACCCGCUCUUCAGCCAGGAGUUCGUCAUCCACAACCAUGCGGACAUCGGCUUCUGCCUGGUGCUCUGCGUCCUCAUCGGGCUUAUGUUCGAGGUCACAGCCAAGACUGCCUUCCUAUUCAUCUUACCUCAGUAUAAUGUUAGUGUGCCUACAGCAGACAGUGAGACGGUGCAGUACCACUACGGCCUAAAGGACCUGGUCACAAUCUUGUUCUACAUCUUCAUCACCAUCAUCUUGCAUGCUGUGGUUCAGGAGUACAUUUUAGACAAAAUCAGCAAAAGGCUUCAUCUCUCCAAGGUCAAACACAGCAAGUUCAAUGAAUCUGGACAGCUGGUCGUCUUUCAUCUCAGCUCUGUGAUAUGGUGCUUCUAUGUGGUAGUGACGGAAGGGUACUUAACAAACCCAAGAAGCCUCUGGGAAGACUACCCGCAUGUGUACCUCUCCUUCCAGGUGAAGUUUUUCUACCUGUGCCAGGUGGCCUACUGGCUGCACGCACUUCCUGAGCUUUACUUCCAGAAGGUACGGAAGGAGGAAAUUCCCCGCCAGCUCCAGUAUAUUUGCCUGUACCUGGUCCACAUAGCUGGAGCAUACCUCUUAAACCUGAGCCGCCUGGGUCUGAUUCUGCUGCUGCUGCAGUACUCAACUGAGUUCCUCUUUCACAUGGCUCGCCUCUUCUACUUUGCCGACGAAAACAACGAGAAGCUGUUCAAUGCCUGGGCUGCUGUGUUUGGGGUCACACGCCUCUUCAUCCUCACCCUCACUGUGCUGGCCAUUGGCUUUGGACUGGCUCGCGUGGAAAACCAGGCGUUUGACCCCGAGAAAGGGAACUUCAACACAUUGCUUUGUAGACUCUGCCUGCUGCUGCUGGUGUGUACCACCCAGGCCUGGCUUAUGUGGCGCUUCAUCCACUCCCAGCUGCGGCACUGGCGAGAGCAUUGGAAUGAGCAGAGUGCCAAGCGGAGAGUCCCAGCUGCGCCUAGGCUGCCAGCCAGGCUCGUCAAGAGGGAAUAUGGUUACCAUGAAAAUGGAGUGGUGAAAGCAGAGAAUGGAACCUCCCCACGGACUAAGAAACUCAAGUCUCCCUAAGGCCAAAGUGCUGAGAACAGGACUCCUCAUGGUGGGGGCCCAGCUGGGAGGCAUGGAGCCCAGGCCCCCAGCACUGCCUCUCCUUCCUCUUCAUGAUGCUCCAGUAGCAGAGACCUGUCUUCAAAGGGGGUUUUCUCUCUCUGACUUCUUGGCUUUCUUUUCUCAUUCUUCCAUAAACCGUUUUCAAUAAAGCCAAAAAUCUUCCUCUUUCGCUCCCUC